AUGCUACAAACAGUCUGCGCUCUGCCCUGCAGGGUGACCAGUAUCUGCAGCACCACCAACCGCACAGGAGGGAAGAUACUGCUGGGCCUGGACAAGGCGCUGCAGAAGUAUCCCUUUGAGACGUGGUCCCUGACCGGGAACGAUUUGCUGCAGCUGUCCUAUCGGCGCUUGGAGGAACUGGGCCUGAGGCGUGUUGGCCAUCAGGAGCUCAUUCUGGAAGCUGUGGAGCAGCUGUGCGCGCUGAACUACGAGCUGGAGACCACCAGCCUGGGGACACUGACGGAGAAGCUGCAGCAAGUCGCUCGGACCACCCAGACCCUCAUCCUGAGCCGCAGGAAGGUGACCGCGUAUGAUGGAGAGGCCAUCGAGACGCCCUCCCCGGACCUCCUGGCCGGCAUCGCUGAGCUGAUCACGGCGGCCAAGGGGCUCUUCUCCUGGCUCAACAGGUAUCUCUUCUCUCACCUGAAUGAUUACUCAGCCAGCCGGGACAUUGUCUCGCUCUGCGGAGAGCUGGCCCAGAUCCUACAGAAGGACUGCAGAGUGUCUGAGAGAGAGAACCAGAUCCUGCUGAUUUGCAGGCACCUCGUGGGGAUCUGUGAGAACAUCUCGAGCUGCAGCCCGGCAGCCCUGCUGAACCAGACCGCCAUCUUGGAGAGCGUGGACCUUGUGCCCACCGAGCCAGAGGACAGUCUGGGCAUCGAGAUCAAAUCCACCAACUCCUGCCUCCACUUCAUAGCGGGAACCGCCACUGAGUCUCCAGCUGACCACUGCAGCCAGAUCCUGCCGGGGGAUGAGAUCGUUCAAGUCAACGGGCAGGUGGUGGUGGGUUGGACUCGAGUGAAUCUAGUGAAGAAAAUACUCGAAAAGCCAAACCAGGUGACGUUGGUGCUGAAGAAGAUUCCACUAACCUCUGUGGGGUCCCCGUGUUCCCCCAGGUCUCCAUGCCAUCAGGCACCUGGAAGCUUCUCGGAUGCUGCAGAAUCUCCUGGCUUAGAAAACAAUGACUCUCCAAUAAGCUUGGUCUCCCUGCCUUCCAGCGUGAUCGCCGGGCUGGACUCUGCGCUGGAUCUCGCCACUGACGAAGAGGAGGCGUUCGACUCAAGCCACCCCGGAGAGGAGACCAGGGACUUCCUACAGCGACUCCCCACUGAAGGCGCUUCAGCAGCCCCUACGUUGGAGAGCCAAGCUGUGGGGGCAGGAUUUGAAGGGCGCAGCUCCCCCGUUGCUGUCGCUCCAGCCAGACCCAGCACCUUGGAACUCGGAUCGAAGGAGUCCCCAGAGAACGGAAUUGGGAGCAGAAGUCGGGGACCAGAAUCUCCCGCUCUUCCAAACAAGAGCAGCACCAAGAGUUGCUCCAGGCAGAAAGGAGUGGCUACCAGGCUGAGCCGCCGGCGGGUGUCCUGUCGGGAGCUGGGCAAGGUGGACUGCGAUGGCUGGCUCCUGAAGAAGAAAGACCACGUGGGAUUCAUGUCCCAGAAAUGGAAACGCUGCUGGUUUGUGCUGAAGGGCCACGUUCUCUACUGGUACAACCAGCCCAGUGACGAGAAAGCCGUAGGCCUGAUCAACGUGUCGACCUACGACCUGGAAAGCACCCGGGAGCAGAAGAAGAAAUAUGUCUUCCAGCUCUGCCAUGAGACGUACAAACCUUUCAUCUUCGCAGCAGAGACUCUGGCUGAUCUGAGCAUGUGGGUGAGUGGUUUGAUCGCUGCAAAAACCAAAUACAAGCUGGCCCAGGAAUCGCUCCCGGCCAGAGAAGAAGACUGCUACAGUGAGACGGAAGCUGAGGAUCCUGACGACGACACUCCCAGGCCUAGCUCUGAGCUGCUGCCAAAGAGAAGGGAGCUGCUAACCACUCUGGAGAGAGCCCAGCCCGGUGCUGCAAUGGGGAGCCCCGACUCCACGGGCCCAGUGGGGAGCCCCCUGGGGAGCCCCGUCCCUGGCAGUGGCAGGCCCUGCUCGCCCCUGGACUCCCCUGGCGAGGAACUGGAGUCCCUGAUUCAGUGUCUGAAGCAAGGCGGGGUGUCUCUCAUCGGCACGCGCCAGCUCCUGACGCACGAGCAGUACCGCAAAUCCUUCAUCAAGCGCAACAAGAACCCCCAGAUCAACGAGAGAGUUCACCUGGUCCGGGCCCUGCAAAGCACACUCAAAGCGAAGGUGGCUGAGCUCCAGAUCCUCGAUCAGCUCCUGAACGACUCGGAACUGACCUCGGAGAAAUUCAGACACUGGAAAGAAGAGCAUCAGGAGUUAUACCAGGAAAUCCACCAGUGGUGGGCGCCCAGGCCCAGCCAGGCUGAAGGUCUCGAAGCAGAACUUGGCGCUGAAUCCAGUCCACAGGAAGCUGCCGGUGCGACGCCAUAA